ACUCAGGUCAUUGAACUAGGAAGGGCGUUCUCUCUUGUGUGUUUGAGGAACGAAACGUGCAUACACGUACGUGUACGAGAGAGAGAGAAGGAAAUACCGAAGUCGGCGAAUUGUUUUUCUCUUUUCUCUCAUCUAUCGUCAUUGUCGUCGUCGUCUGGUAAGACGGUAACAUUUUGCCCGAAGUCCAAGUCGAAGUCGAGCCGCCGCGUAAUAUUUUGCGAAAAAAUUUCUCUUUUCGCGGUGUGAAAUUUCGUAUAUUUUUCCAAAGUGUGUAAUAUACCUACAACGUAUCGAUUCUGCGCCGAUGUAUUAAUUUUUCCGCUCGUGUUUUCCUCUGUAUUUCCUCGUUCUGUCGAGCUGAUCGUCAAUUUCGCCAGCUCCUAUAGCUCUGUUCGCGUUCGUGAUUUUUUUGCCUACGUAUUCGGCCAAAAACCCUCUGCAACUCCGGUCUACGGUGUGCGAAUUUUUACUCGGUUUUUUGAUCACGUGCGUUGCGCUGUGUACCUAUCUGUAUCUACCUAUAGAGCAUCUUGGUGUUGAUGUUUUCCAUUUUUAAAUGCUCGAUAAUUUGAAAUAAUAAUUUUUCGCUUUGCGGUACAUUUGCAUAAAUGCGCGCGCGAAUGUAGUUUGUUGUGCGAUUCAGUGUGUAUCUUUCUAUACUAUAUUCUGCUGCUGAGUCGUCGAGUGGUUGCCCUUUACGAAGGGGGAACGCACAACCAUAAUGUGGUUCGAGUUGCAUUCGCAGAAUUCUUCGCCAUAGGUUCGUGUGCGAAUUUUUCUCCAUCCUAGCUCACAAGGAAUAAUAUACGCGAGUUCAUCAUCAUCAGCAUCAUCAUCAUCAUCGGAGUGUACGUGCGAUUGAUUACCCAUCGAUUUGAUUUCGUCGUUUCUUCAGUGUAUUUACAUCAAGAAUAGCUCGGACGUGUCCUUUUCAAGAGAUAUUUCCAGCAAGUGCUCGAUAAAUUGCGUUGUUCGUUGAAUUUUUUUCUACUUUUGUAAUAAUUUUACGCGUAUCGAAGCUUCUUUUUACUGUUCCUGCCGCGUGAUUUUUUCAUAUACUCUGCCGUAUACCUAUAGUAGAAAAUAAUCUUUAUUUAAUUAUGGUGCAUCGUAGAAAGCGAAAAUUGCUUUACAAAGUUGAUGACGUAAAAUACAUUACUCGUAUUUCAUAAUUCGCCGCCGAAUGAAAUAAUCUCGACGCAGUCUAAUACCUCUACCUAAAGCCAAUUCCAAUACCUGAAAUUUCUAGCAACUGCGAUUAGUCCAACGACAUAUUCGAACGGCCCCGGACACGCUGACUUCGCACACAAGUCACGUCGCCGGGAAGACCGCGAAAAGACUCGUUAAGACGAAAAAGGAAUAAGUCGAUCGUAUCACGGGUCCAUUAUGCAUGAUUAUCAGCAGGAUCCUGGCGGAGGACUUAUAACCAUCUCGCAGCAUUAUUCAUCACCACUACCAAUACCACACGUAAAUAUUCCCAACGUAGCAGUACAAGACGUACCAACCAAUCGUGAUCAUUUUACUUGUAAUCACCAGUCACAAAGUAUAACACAUCGUCUCCAUCAGCCAGUGGCAAUCAUCGCCUUAAAAGCGGCCGAUAGGCAACCAUGGAUGCGGCGGCAGCCGCCUUGGAAGAGUUACUCAGCACCGGAGACGAUCCAUCGUCCGGUGCCGGACGAACGGCCGCCUCAAUGUUGGGGUGGCAUUCGCAUUCGGGCGUAAUGGGCCCCCUCAGGGCGGCUCACGAUGCCAGCGGUCGGUUUCGCGGCGGAGGCGGAUCCGCCGCUACCGAUCACGAUUUAACCAUGAAUUCGUCGUCGUCUCUGACUGCCGAUGAUGUAACCAGUACCACUCCUCCGCCAGCUACCAAUUCGUGCCUAGCACCCCAACUUUCACCGAAUAAUCCAUCCGGAAUCAAUAACGUUAACGGCGCUGGCCAUCCCACUAAUUCCAUCAGAGCUCAAAUCGAGAUAAUACCAUGUAAAGUUUGUGGCGACAAAAGCAGCGGCGUACAUUACGGUGUCAUUACAUGCGAAGGCUGUAAAGGAUUUUUCCGGCGCAGUCAGAGUUCAGUAGUAAAUUAUCAGUGCCCUCGAAAUAAAAAUUGCAUCGUAGACAGAGUAAAUCGAAACCGAUGCCAGUUUUGUCGUUUACAAAAAUGUCUACGGCUCGGAAUGUCCCGAGAUGCUGUAAAAUUUGGACGCAUGUCGAAAAAACAGCGAGAAAAAGUAGAAGACGAAGUACGAUAUCACAAAGCACAGAUGCGAGUUCAAACUGAAAUCUCAACGCCGGACAGUUCGGUAUUCGAUCAGUCGCAGACGCCUUCGUCUUCGGAUCAGUUUCCACCAUAUCCAACCGGAUUUGGCUACGGAAACGACGUCCGACCGUAUCCCAGUGGUACUUAUAGUUAUUCUAGGCAAUUACCGACACCUUCCGUUCCUUACGAAACGUCCGAUUACGUCGACAGUACCACUGCCUACGAUCCGAGACCAAACAGCAUGGAUCAAUUAAGCGCCGAAAACCCGUUAAUGGGAAACGUCACAACCGGUGGUAGUGAAGGUGGCGGCGAAAGCGACGAUCUACUGAACGGAGACUGUUCGCCGAAAGAACCAGACAUCAAAGACGAACUGCCAUCUUCGCAUAUCGAACAAAAACCUGCAACAGAAGAAUACAUUCAGGAAAAUUUACUAACUGAUCCGAUACAAUUAUCUGUACAAGACCAAGAUGAGAUACUAGAAGAAGCUCAGCUAGAUGUCGACAUACAACAAAAACUUUUAGCUGAAAUUCCGUUCAAAAUGGAGGAUAAAGAGGAUACGGUCGAAAUGAAAGAUGCCGAAAUGUCUAAUAUCUGUAUUCCAUACGCCGAUAGUACGACUUCACAACCCGAAAAUAUACCAUAUCUUAAUCCAGUGCAAAUCUCAGAGCUUCUAAGUAAAACAAUAGCCGACGCUCACGCCCGAACUUGCGUCUAUUCGUUGGAUCACAUCGAUCGUAUGUCCAAGAAGCCGAGAGACCUACAGAAAUUGCUCAACUUUAAAUCUAUGAGUCGCGAAGAUCAAUGGCUAGAAUGCGCUCAAAAAUUAACUUCAGUAAUACAACAAAUUAUAGAAUUUGCCAAAAUGGUCCCAGGUUUUAUGAAAUUAUCGCAAGAUGAUCAAAUAGUUUUAUUAAAAUCAGGUAGUUUCGAAUUAGCAGUGCUUCGGAUGUCGCGGUAUCUCAUGCAUAAUAAUGUACUAUACGAGAACUCCUGGCUACCGGAGGAAGCAUUUUACACGAAUGAUCAUCUAGAAAAAAAAUUAAUAUCAUCAGCUUUCGAAGUAUCCAGAGGCAUAGCCGAGCUUAAACUAACCGAAGUAGAAUUAGCUCUUUAUUCGGCAGUUGUACUUUUAUCUCCAGAUCGUCCAGGUCUGAAAGGACUAUCAGAAAUAGGAAGAUUAAAUCAGGCAGUUUUAAGAGCUCUGAGGAUGGAAUUGGAGCGUAGUAAGAUGCCUAUUAAAGGUGAUGUCACCGUUUAUGACGCAUUACUCGCCCAAAUACCAGCCUUAAGAGAACUGAGUAAUUUACAUAUGGAAGCAUUGACGAAAUUCAAAAGAACGGCUCCUCAUCUAGAUUUCCCAGCAUUACAUAAAGAGUUAUUUUCGGUAGACAGUUAAAACUACGUCAGUUAAUCACAUAGUGUAAUUUUUCACCGCUCCUCCAAUCUGUCCUCUGUUCUCUCAACGUAGUCAAAAUAAUUACUAUACCUAUACAACAGAAAAAAGCAAACAAUAAAAAUGGACACGCGCAUAAAAUGUGUACGAAUUUGUCGUUUAAUCGUUUUUAAUGGUAAUUAAGGUCUUUAACGAAAUUAAUAUGUAAUAAUUCGUCAGUUAUAAGCCAAAAAAAUCAUUAGUAAAAUUUGUAAUUAAUUGUUGCCUUUUCUAGAGUUAAGCUAAUUGUGUUAAUUUGUUUUAUUGUUGGUAUUGUGAAUGCAGUUUGACUGAGCUAUUUUUGGGCCAAAGGUGUAUAUAUUGUUGGGUCGUGUAUAUUUUUUUCUUUAUUAUUUUAUAAAGCAAUAAAUUACCUAAGGACCAGUUUCUUUCUUUUCCUUUUUUUUUUUGCAAUACCGGUGUAGAAAAAAAUAUACACUCGGUGUUUUUUUUUCUUUAAAUAUAACAGUGCAAAUAUACUCGAAAAAGAAACCCAGGGCUGAGUAGAAGUCAAAAAGAGGGUCGACUUAAUGAGGUGCUAUUUUUUUUCGAUGUGUUGUCGACAACAAUGCGUAAAUUGCAUUCAAACAGGGUGAAAUCUUGUAACGUAAUUUAAUUACGAUAAGGCCCAAAAGUAUGACACCCAGUUUGACUGAAUUUAUGUAAAUUUCCUGUAUAUUUUGUUAACUGUUAUAAUUUUUCAUUUUAUGAGAUCUUAAUUUUUUUUUCUUUUUUCUUUCUUUCUUUUUUUUUUUUUGUUAAUUAUACAUUUGACAUGAGUUUCUGUCUAAAUUAUUAUUAUUUCUUUUUUUUAUUUGUUGUUUAAAAUUAUAAGAUUAUUAUAUAUGUCGUUAUUAUAUUUAAAGAAAUAAAAAACAAACGCAGAGGUAAGAAUGUUUAUUAUAAUGAGUUUGUUAUUGUUAAAAUUUGAUAUUUAUAAUGCUGCAUUUAUUAUUUUGAUCUGUGAUGAGUUUUUUUUUUCCUUCAAAACAUAAUCUUAAUCAAAUUUUAAAUGUAUUUGCAUCACUAUUCGGUGCCUGGUAAUUUUUUUUUUGUAACUGUGUUUUUUUUUUUUGGUCAUUUGUAAUAAAACCUCGACUUUGAUGAUGGCGUAGUUUUGGGUCGUGAUUGUAUAUCUAGAUGAAAUAUUCGCCAGCUCUCUUGAAAUUUUUGUAAAACAUGAUGAUCGAAUACGUAAUAUAAAAGUUCACUCGAGAAAGAGAUGAAACUGUACCAAAACUAAACCACGUUGUAAUCGAGGAACUCCAAAGAGAAGAAAAAAAAUCACCAACUAUGCCUGAUCUCUUAAAAAUGCGCGUUAUUAGAUUACCUAUUAUUAAGGUUAUAUAUUGUACUAUAAAUAGGAAUAUAGAAUAUUCAAAGUGGACAUAAUUGGUGAAUUAUUAGCGCACUGUUGUCUUCUGUCCCUCUGCUCUGUCUGCCCCAUUCACCCUUCAUCAUCGUAUAAUAUCUUUACAAAAUAGCUCCCAGUACUUCAAUAGUUUUCAUAUUGCGAUUUUCUUGUCAUUCGAACAUUUAUUACCUCUAGGCUGUGCUAGUUUAUUACUUCUUUAAAUACUACUUGUAUAGUUAUAUUGUUAUAAUUAAUUUCACUGCCUUUCAGUUUUGUUUUUUUUUCCUCCGUCCAAUAGCUACGAGUAUCUAUUAUUUACGCUUCGUAAAUGAUUCUGAAGCGUCUCCCAAAGCUAGCUCAGUUCUUUGGCUUCUCUGUCGUCGAAUUCGAAUCUCACCCUAUAAUAUUUAUCAUCUCUUCUGUAGGUACCUAACUGUACGAGUCGAUUUUCAAUUUUUCAUCACUUCUUUUCAUUUUCACCAAUCCAAUUUGAAAAAAUUCCCUUAAGGCAAAAUACAAACAAGUGCGCUAAUAAUAUGCCAGUAUAGGGAAAUAAUAUAGCUUUUAAUGUUGAAAGUUUUGGGAGAGCGCUAUAAUAAUGGGAAAUUUCACGUAACUGAUAAAAAAUGCGACUGAUUUUGAGAAAAUUUAUUAAACUUUUUUCGUUUUAUUUUAAUUGUAUGUGCAAUUUUUGUAAAGAAAUUUAAUAUUUUUGUAAGCGGUACUUUUUAUACCUUGAUAACAGUUUUUUAUUUCUUUAUAUAUUUAAAAGUGUACGUGUUUUAAAAGAAAAGCAGACAGAUGAAAAUAUUAUCGAACCGUUUUACUCUAUACGUUUUAAUGUUAAUCCGAAUCAACGAAAUGCACUCGAAUAUAUUGUUAAUUAAGAUGCAUAUAAAACCGAGCACUAAAAAUUCAUCGUAAUACAUUCUCUAUUUAUUGCUUAGAAAUUUUGGAAUAGGAAAAGUUGAACUAAUAAUCGGAGCUAUCAGACAGCUUGAAUCGCGCUUUUGAAGUUGUUUACUUACAAAUUUUCAUUUGUACAGGCGUUAUAUUUUGUUAACAAUUUAAUUUUUGCCAAAAAAUAAUUUUUUAAUUUUGACGUGUAGCGUUAUACAUGAAUAAAUUUAUUCAAAGUUUA